AUGAUAUCCUAUCCAGAAACAAAUCAAUUUAAUGAUGUGAUUGACUCGAUAAGAAAACAUCCAUAUCGAUAUAAAAUCGAACAAGGCAAAUCCUAUCCUAAACUAAAUUUUGUUGGUACAAUCAAAUUACAUGGAACAAAUUCAGCGAUUGUUUAUCAAAAAGAUUCUAAAUAUCAUUGUCAAUCACGUCAUCUUAUUAUUUUACCGGAGAUGGAUAAUCUUGGUUUUGCUCGUUUUAUGUAUCCAUUAGCAGAAAAAUUUCUUUUAGAAAAAAUUCUUCUUAAUUGUCCAGUACUUUAUCGACAUUAUGAUCGUGGAAAUCGUAUUGUUGUUUAUGGUGAAUGGUGUGGAAAAAAUAUUCAAAAUAAUGUUGCUCUUUGUGCUCUUCGAAAAAUGUUUGUCAUCUUCAAGAUUAGAAUUGGAGAAUCAAAACCUCCAAUAUGGAUCGAUCCAAAGCAUUGGUCAAAGCUUCAAUGGCACGAACAAUCUAUCUAUAAUAUUUAUGAUUUUCCUACUUACGAAAUAGAAAUUGACUUUAAUCAUCCAAGACUAGCUCAAGAGAAACUUGUUAAGAUUACUGAAGCUGUCGAGCAAGAAUGUCCAGUUGGAAUGUAUUUUAAUCAGAAAGGCACUGGAGAAGGUGUUGUUUGGACUGAAUGGUUACAAUCAUUCGGUAUUCUUUCGUUCAAAGUCAAAGGUCAAGAACAUUCAGUAACCAAAAGUAGACAAAUUGCAUCGAUUUCUACAGAAAUAUUUGCUAACAUCCAAGAUUUUAUCGAAUAUGCUUGUACAGAAAAUCGUAUGCAUCAAUCACUUGAUUAUCUUCGUGAAAUACAAUUAGAUAUUGAGCUCGAAAAUAUUGAAACAUUUUUAGAAUGGCUUGUAAUUGAUAUCAAGAAGGAAGAAACAAAUACAAUUAAGAAUUCUAAUUUAAAUCAAAAAGAAGUUGUUUCUGCAAUUAUUUCGAAAGCUACCGAUUGGUUUGAAAAACAAUUAACGAAGAAUAAUGUACAGUAA